AUGGUGGGUCCUGUAAUCCUGGCAAGGGAAUUAAGAGGAGCUGGAGUGGAACAACAAUUCCAAGCUGUGCGGAACCUUGCUUGGAGGUGCAUGGAGGAGGACCCAAAGCAAAGACCAACCAUGGUUGAUAAGAGGUUUUCACUGAGUGCUUACAGAAAUGUUCUAAAACUCGUUGGUUUCUGCCUCGAGACUGAAAUUGUCAUUUUAGUGUAUGAAUUUGCUGGGAAGGGAACCCUGAGGGAUCGAUUUGUAGUCUCUGAUGAACCCAUGACGAGGCAGAGUAGGUUAAAGAUGGCAAGGGAGAUUGCUCAUGCAACUUCAUAUCUCCAUACAUCAUUCUCUAGACCCAUCAUCCAUACGAAUAUCAAUCUCGACACUGUCUUUGUAGACCUAAAUGAUAUUCCAAAGCUAAUUGGUUUCUCUUUUUCUUUAAUAAUACCCGAUGGUGAAAAUCAUGUAAAUGAUAAUUGGAAGCGUGGGAUGACUACUCUAUUCCAAUGCCCCAACUAUUUUGCUACGGGCUGCUUAACUGAGAAAACUGAUGUCUAUUGCUUCGGUUGGCUUCUGUUGGAGCUUUUGACUGGAAAGCGUUGCCUUGAUUCAUGGCGAAUAGGUCCUAAACUGAAC